ACAUCGAAUUUUUAUAUAGGCAGUCAAGUUUGGAUAUAUAAGAGAUUGAUCUACUUUUAUAUCUAGUUUGUGAUUAUAUAUAAACAGUAUGAUUGAUGUAAAUAAUUUAUAUUUUAGUAUAAAGUCAAAAUAUAAAGAAUUUAUUUUGUAAAUUGAUUAUAUAAUUUUAAGUGAAAAUGCCGAAAGUAGUUUCAAGAAGUAUAAUAUGUUCCGAUACAAAAGAUCAAGAAGAAUAUAGUGAAGAAAAACCAUUACAUAUUUAUUAUUGUUUAUGUGGACAAAUGACAUUAAUUUUAGAUUGUGCUAUAGAAAAAUUACCUUUAAGAAAAAGAGAUGGUGCACGAGUUAUUGAUGGUAGUAAACAUGCUCAUAAAAUGACUUGUGAGCAAGAUGAAGUCGUGUAUUUGAAACGUCUUGAAGGAAUAGAAAAACAAUGUCGUCAAAAAUGUAAAAAAUGUGGUCUUUUUCUUUAUUAUAAACAUGAUCAAGCAACAAAUAUUGUAUUUAUUGUAAAAGGUGCAGUAAUUAAAAGUUCUGGUGAAGGUCCAAUGACAGAUAUAUACAAUCAGGUUGCUAUUGAAAAACCAAAAAAAAUAAUUGUAACAAAACAUACAAAAAAUAUGGGAAAAUUCAGUUCUGUUACUGUAUCUACAAUUGACGAAGAAGAAGAUGAAAUCGAAGCAAGAGAAGUUGCUGAUUCAUAUGCUAAUAAUGCACGCAUAAUAGAAAAACAAUUAGAGAGGAAAGGAAUGAAUAAACGAAAGGCUAUGCCUCCUCCUGAAGCAGAUCCAAAAAGAGCAAGACCUCGUGGAACAUUAUUAGAUGUGUAAAACUUAAUUAAUAUUAGUAUUACAUAUUUUAAAAUAUUUA